GGCAGCGCCGACGGCGAUGUACGUUGAGGUGGAUAGUCGCAAUCAUGCCACCACCCUGACGCACGUUCCCGUAUCCACGGUGCGUGUACGUCGACGACGCAGAGGUGGAAAACCGAGCCGGAGCCUCCGCAAUAAAACGAAUCUCGCGAGGCAUAGUAUACCUGUUUUAUUGCGGAACGACACGCGAGAACCGGAAGUGUCAGGAAGUGUAGGAGAGUUGAAACCAAGGGAAGAGACAACUUUACAGCGACCAGCGUGACACGAUCAUCGUACAACGACCACGACGAGGAUAGGCAGUGAACGAUCAAAAAGGAAGAAGGACCAGGGUCGAGUAGAGCCAGAGACCGGUGCGCAACGGUGGAGAGUAACAGAGGAAGCAACGAUCGACGCGUCCACGGUGGCCCAUCGAUGCCGGAGCGUCGAGACGCCACAUCACGGCACGAGGUCCGUUGGUGGUACGCGUAAAACGAGAAGAAUCGUGGAGGUGGAAGGAAGGAAGGAUGACGGAGCAACGUUCAGCAGGGAGACGAGGCGCGUGCGAUUUUUGGUAACGGGUCAGCGCGACGACACUAACGAAGACGACGAAGACGAAGACGACGAUAAGGAGCACGACAACCACGACGACUACGACUACGACCACAAUCACGACGAGGAAGAAAAAGAAAAAGGCAAAGAUUACGACGUGGGUGGUGGGGAAACAAGUUGGUGGUGGAGGAGGAGGAGGUGGUGGAAGACUAGAAAGUGGUGUUAAGAGAUGCAGCAACAGCCAGCGCCGAACGGGGUGGCAGGUGGUGCCGAAUUGCCUCAAACAGGUGGCAUAAGCACUGCCCAACCUGGAGCGACAGGUACCGCCACGGCGGCGUCUAAUCGUGCCCAGGUUAACGGUGGCAGAUUCGAUUUCGACGAUGGCGGCACCUACUGCGGCGGUUGGGAAGAUGGAAAAGCUCAUGGACACGGCGUAUGUACGGGACCCAAGGGCCAAGGUGCAUACUCUGGUAGCUGGCACUUUGGUUUCGAGGUCUCCGGUGUCUACACCUGGCCUAGUGGAUCGGUUUACGAAGGCCAGUGGCAGAAUGGGAAACGCCAUGGUCUGGGCAUGGAGACCCGUGGACGGUGGAUUUAUCGCGGCGAAUGGUCUCAAGGAUUCAAGGGUCGAUACGGUGUCAGACAAUCGACCACGUCCACGGCGAGGUACGAGGGCACGUGGGCGAGUGGACUUCAGGAUGGAUACGGUUCAGAGACCUACGCGGACAGCGGCACGUAUCAAGGUCAGUGGUACCACGGCAUGAGGCACGGCUAUGGCGUGAGAGCGAGUGCUCCGUUUGGUUUGGCAAGUCAUUACAAACCGUCAAAGCACGUCAGGGCUUCCUUGACGUCUCUGAGAAGCGCGGACGAUGGCGGGGCAGUGGCACCGACACCAGAACCGACCGACAGAAGGGAUCGUCGUGUUGGUGACAGUAGGGGUGGUUUCGUGUUAAAAGCUAGAAGUGACAAUCCACCAGCAAGGAGAAAGAGUCUCACGGAAAAAUCCUUGAAGAAGGGCAUUCUUUCGGGACUGAAGAUUCGAAAGCAAAGAAGUACAGGUGAUCUAGAGAAACAUGGUACUGGAGGCAGUAUUAGGAGUAAUGCUAGCUCGGCAUCGUGGAUGUCGACAGAAAGCUCGCAGAGUCAAGCUUCGGCAUCUGUUCAUACGGACAGCAAUGCGUCCUUCGUCAUCGAGGACGAACAAAUGGACGCCUCGGUAACCGAGACGUACCUCGGCGAGUGGAAAAACGAUAAGAGGACAGGCUUCGGUAUAUCGGAGCGUAGCGAUGGCCUGCGAUACGAGGGUGAAUGGUUCAAUAAUCGAAAGUACGGAUACGGUGUGACAACGUUCCGCGAUGGCACCAAGGAAGAGGGCAAGUACAAGAACAACGUGUUGAUCACCAGCCAGAAGAAGAAGCAUCUGUUUCUUAUCAGAUCGGCCAAGUUCCGUGAGAGGAUAGAGGCUGCGGUGAAUGCGGCUCAAAGGGCGAGCAAGAUCGCUCUUCAGAAGGCGGAUAUAGCGAUCUCGAGAACAGCCACUGCGCGAGGAAGAGCCGAGUUGGCGGAUGCAGCUGCCGAGCAAGCGAGAGAAGAUUCGGAACUGGCUCAGCAGACGGCGAAGCAAUUUGCGCCGGACUUCCGACAACCUGGACUCGAGAGAUUACGUAACAGGGAGAUACCGAAAUACGUGCCACCACCUCAGGACAGUAUUCCAUCGAAGAGUAUUCUUCACAAGGGGGGUAGCGUGGAUCAACCUAGUUCUACGCCUAUGAAGAACCCGACCUCGGAAACAACGUCGGGAACAACUACGUCAGCGACAACCACGGCAAGUAACGUGAUGCAGUCGAUCAGGAGAGCCAGCAUGAAGCCGCAGAGCCAAUUGUCGCAAAAUCAACUGCUGAGCAAUCAAUUGCCACAAAAUCAGCUACCGCAGAAUCAGUUACCGCAGAAUCAGUUACCGCAGAAUCAGCUAUCGCAGAGCGAGCUAGCGAAUCAGGUGACCCCAGCUCAACUGGUGAACCAGCUACCUCUGAAUCAAUUGAACCAGACUACCUUGAGCGGUCAAAAUCUUUAUCAAACGCAGUACCCUCAGUCGAUGACUCAAAAUCCUACUCAACAGUAUCCUAACAGUAUACCGAAUCAGUAUCAGCCAAUGAGUCAGUUCCAGGGAGGGCAAUACGCUCCGCAGAAUCAGUACCCUGUUCAAGGUAGUCCCUAUAAUCAGCCUCAAUAUCAACCUAUGAAUCCACCUCAGGGCGAUCAGUAUUUGUACCAACAACAGCAGCAAGUUGGACCACACGGGUAUCAGAAUAUACAAGGUUAUCCUAGUCAGCAGACGUUACCGAAUCAAUAUGGGCUAAGUCAAAUGAAUCAAUACAACUCCCAGCAAAUAUAUGGGGAAUCGCAACAGCAGCAAUUACCACCCCAAUCACAAACCCAAAUUCCACAACAAUACGAGCCUGAUGGCGACGCAAAACGACCACCGAGUUCUACAAGUAUACGAAGAAACAGCAGGGUUUUAUCUCCCCAGGAUCGACCCAAUACUAUUGGGCAAACGCUGAACGACAGGCUAGAUCAUUAUAAGAGGCCGCCCAGUCGUGAUAGUUCUGUAGAUCGAUACGCUAGAGCGCAUUCCCGAUUGACUGGAUCGAGACAGCCGUCCGUCGAUAAAUCCGUCACGAAUCCAUCCUUAGACAUGCUCGACAGAUCUAUGAGAGCACCGAGUGCGAUUCGGUCGGGCACACCAUUAAACGGAUCCGUGGUGGGAAGCGGUGCCGCAACGCCGACGUACGCUGCCUCGACUUCCGGUCAAUUCGAAGGCGCCCUCCUGAAGAAUCGUAACCUUGGACAAGAUAUUCUGCCGAGUCCAGGACAGCCUAAACGUACAGAAAGCCUCUACGUCGCUCCCGGACGCGGUUCGACCGCAUCCGGUGUGGGAGGCGGUGGCGGAGGCGGCAUGUCGAAGGACGCAGGCCGGACGGUCCCCGCCUUCGCCGCAACGUCGAAGGGCCGCGCAACCCUAUGAGUAUAAGUAUUAUAAAUAAAAUAUGUACACACACGCACACUGCGAUAGAACCAAACGCGAGCCGCGUCGCGUUUUAUAACGAAUGAGUCGAGACCAGUUUAAAGAGGGGCGGCGUUCGUGACUAGACCCUGGAUUCCUGACGAGAACAAGCGAGAAGGGGCUGCUCGAGGGCAGAAAAGGGAGGUGGGUCUGCCUCCUCCGAUUCUAUCGGAGAGAAAGUGUGGCCUGCGAUAACUGAUUAUGUAACGAAGAAUUAAUUUAAGGAUUAAGAUCGAGAUAUACCGAUAGAUCGUUUUUACGAUUACCCUUACACGGUCCAGGAAUAAUUCGUAGCCUGUAUGUUGUUCAGUGUGAUACUGUGUUUACUGUUCAUUAUAAAAUGUAAUGUUAUCCAUAGGGCGUAUAACACGUUGUGUUCUAACUUAUGAUCACAUAACAACAGCUAGUGUGACUAAAAUGCAUGCUUCUUCACGGAAAAACAAAGUUAAUAUCAAGGGCAAAGAACUUUGCAGAAUCUUUGCUUAAGAAUCUAGGGUCUAUUUACGAUAAGAACCGCGCGCAACCAACAAUUUCUCGAGCUUCAACAAUGCAACAACGUUUAAAUACAUUCCAACUUUCAUCGACCAAUAAUUAUUAUUACCCAAGUACAUUCCAAAGUAUCAUACGUUCCAAAAUGCGUGUUUUACGCGAUUGCUCGUUGUUGGGCGAAUAAUCGUUGAAUUUUGUUAACGUGAUCUAGAGGAGAAUGGCCUAGCCGCUUCUCUAAACUCUAAGGCUUUCGCUCAGUCGUAUCGCCAACGUUUUGAUCGAUCAAACACAUUCGCUGGAUGUUUGAACGGACUCGACUCGUUUGGUGCACGUGGUAUUGUACAUGGUUUAGCGAACGGGUAUCUUACAGUUUACACGGGCAUCCUGAGCGACGUGUUAACGGGAACAGAGACCGGAACCGUUGUUUGGUAUGCGUCGAAAAAGAAAAUAUUUUCAGACCGACCAUUUAGUCUCAACGAUCGCGUGUGUGCCAGACAGGGGCAUUAGGGUAAGGUUAUAGCAAGAACGAUUCUGGAUGUUCUCCUUUGAACGAUAAAAUACUGUUAGGGGAUAACAUAUAAUCGGGAAGUAUCCUUAUGCAACGAGGAUCGUUAUGAAACAUAAAAAAGGUCGACACAGAAAAACGUUGAUGUAAGAAUUUACAAACAUAAAAAUGGUCGAUUUGUUCUACCGAAUAACUCAAAGUAAACAAUUUGUCAUGAAAACAAAGUUGUCGUAAGUCACUGAUGACUACGCCAUGGGUUGAACGUAUUUCUUUGUCAUAAAAGACCUUGGUGCAAAUUGAAAAGUGUUUGCUGUACAAAGAUUCUAUUUGUAUGACUUCCUUCGCGCAUAAGUCAUCACCGUGCUAUAUGGUCGCUCUUCAUAGCCUUACCCUAACACUGGCAAAUCUUGAAAUUCUCAAGGUGUGGAUUAGCAAAGAACUCGUACCUGGUCGUAGAUUGUUACUAGCUAUUAUGUAGGUAAUUCGCAUCCGUGAUUGACAGCCACUUAACCCUUUCAACCUCUGGUACAUAACAAUUUCUUUUCUUUCGUUUUUUUAUGCUUUCGGUUAAAGGAUGUAAGAUUUGUGAGAGGUGAAAAGAAGCUCAAAAGCUGAACGCACAGAUAAAAAGGUUCCUUCUUGGAUUCGGUGUAAAAUAGUAUUAUCGAGGUUGAAAGGGUUAAAUCGAAUUUGGGCAUUGAACGAAGCGGACAACGUUCUUUCCGCCUUCUCGUCAGAGACAGAGUUAUUUUUCUAUGAGAAGCACAAUAGAUGUAGUAGAAUGGAUGAACGAAUAUUUGCGAGAGUUCUGUCAGGCGAUGCAGACGAUCUGUGCUCGAUUUGUCGAUAUUGCGAUUCGUUCGACUACAUAGCUUGUACGGGAGAGCAACAAGAUGAUGAUAAUUUGCCGAAAAUCGAGGUGCUUAGUAGAUUGUUCGUUCCGACGUGGAAAUUCUAGGGAAAAAAAGAGGAAAGAAAAACGCAAUAUCGAACAAUGGUACAGAAGUACAGACCCGGAUGCAAAGAUAUUUACGCCGUUAACGUUUCCAAAAAGGAAAAUAGGAAAAAGACUCGUUUUAAUUCUACACACUUGUUCGAGUGAUCGAACGAAAGCCAAACAACUCGACCGAUAAUUCGAAACACAACCGUUUAAUUAAUUCUCUUCCUUUCUUUCUUCUUUCAAUCUAUUUCAAUCGUCUUUCCUUUUUUUUCUCAUUAAAUCCAAACAUCGAAUACUUUUCCACUGAAUGAUCGAUUGAUCGCGAUUGAAUGUCGAACGAUCGAAAACCGAGCAUGCACUUACACACGCACGCAAAUGAUUUCAACUCAUUCAAUAUGGUGUUACGUCCAUUAAAUAAGCAAAGUAACGUGUAUGAUGUUACGUCCAUUAAUUAAGCAAUUCAAGGAAUUCGAAAGGUAAGGUUAGCGCGGUGUGGAGGCGGGGACCGGUUUUUUUACAAUUCUUUCAUUCUACUUGACCGUGCGUUUCUUUUCCUUUUAACAAGCUUCGUACCUCUUUCUCGACUCCUCUUUGUCUCAACAAGACCCUAUGUACUUCCCGCCUCGAAUUCUACGAUCUGUCCCUCAUCCGUCAUUGUCGGAUGUUAAUUGUACUGUCUCGAAUGCAUUCCCCGACCGAUGAAAGUUACAGUCCCCCUUGUCCCACGUUUCACGUUUACUUGGCGACGAUUACCAAAAAAAAAUCUUUUUUUACCCUCCACCUCCACGCCGCUUGUUUUCUCCUAUUUUUUGAUCAGAAACAUUAUUUUUCUAACGCAUGCUUCUAUGACGUAGCGUCACUCUGUAAAGUUUAUGAUAUAUUGUACUAGUUCUACAAGAUGGGAUAUAUAUACACACAUAUAUAUAUAUACAUACACAUAUACACACAUGUUAUAUAUACAUAUAUAUUUCAUAGAUAUAAGUAAGAGAAAAUAUGUAGUGUGAGAUAAUUAUUUAGGUAAUAAAUACUGUACGAAUGGAAGACGAUGAUAACCCUUUCGAGAUCGUAGGAUUACCGACAGACGAAAGGAGAGAUAUUUUAGUGGAAAUUGUGUAAUAGCUGUUCUUAAAUUUCCUCUUUAAGACGUAUAAUGGAACUUGUGUCUAAAGAAAAUCAAGUUUGGUGAUAUAGUGGGAGAUUCUGAGAAAGAUAGAUAUUUUGAAGAUUUAACUCUUUGACAGUAUAAUAUUAUAAAAUAAUAAAGAAUUCAGAAUGAAUGGUUUAGGAAAGAAUUAUUUCUUUAUCGUGAAGAUUUCUUGCAUUUUUGGUAUUAGAUACAAACAAAAACGUAACUUCAACUUUUCCUGGGAAAUAAAUAUUGAUAAUUAACUAAAUAUAAAUAACUAUUAACCAAUAUCGAUAAUUACUUAAUGAAUGAAAUUUAUAUCAUUCACUAUAUUUGAUACCAAAGUCUUUCUCCUGUUAAAUUUUAAAAGGAUUAAUAUUUACAUUGAUCAUGUAUUUGUUCCUUUUAAGUUACUUUCUAAGUUACUAUUCUAAAAUAUCUCGAACGGGUUGAUCUUUGUUACUCAACAGGCACAAAUGUCGGUACCAAAUGUGCAUUAUGAAUACGUAAAUUUAAUUCUCGACGUACCUCUGAACACACUAUUCCUCUCGUCGAAGUAGAACGACGCAAGGAAGUAUAAUUCUGUGCAUUAGGUACGACCCUAAAACAUUAACGCGUAUAUGUAUACACGCACACGAACACAAACACACGCGUAAUAAAUAUAUCAGGAUUCUCUAUUUUAUUCACGAUUUUUCACAGUACAAUUACGAAACGCUUUUUGUGCGCCACGUUGAAUUCCUUAAAAGUACGACGCCAGCCUACGACGAACGAAAAAAUAAAAUAAUACUUUUUGAUGACGUUUAAAGCUUACUUAUUUCGAUAACAUAUAACCACCGAUAACAAACAUUGAAUUUUAAAUGCGUCACGUUGCUCAAGGUUGUACACACUCGAAGUAAUUAAGAAUUUCUACGAAAAUUUCUAACUCUUUCUAUACGCGAACGAGAUCAAUGGCAAGUUUUUUACAUGGAAAAAGAUGGAAACUCGUUAAAGGCUUAUUUCGAACGAAACUUUUUUACGAGAAUUUCUCCAUUCAACGUGGUUGCAAUUGUACCUCAACAAUGGUCGUGCCUAAAGAAACGAAAACUAAAUAAACCAACGUAAAAGAAAAAAGGGGAAAAGAGGAAAAGAUGAUUAUGACCUGAGAUACAAUCGAAUGAAACCUGGAACCUUAGCGCAAAACGAGAAUAAUCUAGACGACGAAGCUCGGUUGGAAUUGAACCUCCCCAAGUUCCUUGACCUUUCAAACACUAUUUUUUAUGCGAAAUAUCGAGCACCAUCGUGGGUGUAUCGUGAAGCUAAUGUCGGGGUUGUUCAAGUGCCAAGUUAUUCGAAAGUGUCUUUUCACGAGAAUCUGAGAUGCAACAUAAUCCUAUUGGGUACAGCACAAACGUUGAAAUUUGAUCAUUAUCUCGUACAUAGUAAGCUCUCGUACGCGUAACAAAGUGUUAUGAAGUGUUACACGUCGAACUAUUUAAGAGUUAUCUAUUUCUUUAGUAAAUAAUAAUAUUCUUCUUUAAUAAAUAAUUGAUUUGUGUAAAUAUUUCUUAACAGAAAGAAACAAUAUGAAGUAUUUAAAAAAUAUUUUUUGAUAUAUUUGCACGAAGAAUUCUAAGAUGUUCAAAUUGCGUUUGUGAUUUACUCUGUAAAACGGUAGAUACGAUUUCUAAAGACACUUACCGUGGCAUAUAACCGGGAUUUCAUGUAUUUUAAUAUAAAGACAAUUCAUAGUGUUGUAUUAGAGGAGAACAACGUAGUAGGAGAGUCCUUAGAGGAAAGCAGAUCGAUAAGCGAGAAUAGCACACACGCAACGAUGUACUUCCAGGUUACAUUUCGAGGAACGAGUUUACCGAUAUAGAGAUAUAUUGGGAUGAAACCUUGCUAAUUACACAACGAUAUUACAAAUGUUGGUUCGAUGUAUUGAAUGUAUUUAUGUAAUGAUGUAAAAGCUGUUAUUGGCCGACAGAUUAAAACAUGUCGAUUAGGAGGA